UCCGGUCGCGCAGUCGCGCUCAAAAAAUCUCGCGUCUCCUUACGCGUCAAGCGCACGCUCUUACAGCAUGAAACCAGCGUGCUCAAGCUUCUUUCAGGCCACCCGAGCAUUCCACAGGUUUUUGCGUACGGAAGAAUCGACCAUUUUGAGCUGCUGUCAAUGCAGCUGCUUCACCGCAGCCUUGGCGACGUCGUCGAACAUUCAGGUCCGCUUCCACUGACGACCGUACUUGACGUCACGGACCAGCUGCUCGCCGCAUUGGAUCAUAUGCACUCUCACGGUGUCGUCCAUCGGGACAUCAAGCCCGACAAUAUACUCCUCCAAAUUCCGAGCUCGUCACAAGUCUGCUUAAUUGACUUUGGUCUCGCUUGUCGACCGGCAAAGGUGGACCGUGCGAAACAACCUCGUCCACCUAACUCAGGUGGACCAGUCAGCAUCUUCGGGACGCUGCCGUAUGCCAGUCUCAAUGCACACCAAGGGCUCGAUCUGAGCUACCGCGACGACCUCGAAUCCCUUGCGUACACCCUCUUAUUCCUCCUUCGGGGCAGCCUCCCGUGGUCUCGCUAUACCGAGCAUGGGACCACUCUCGGUCGACUUCGUCAAGUCCAUGAACAGAAAAAGGUCCACGAUGGACACAGGCUUGCCUCGGGCCUUCCAGCAGAAUUUGGACUGCUUGUCGAUUAUGCGCGGUCAUUGUCGGCUGGGGAGGUCCCUGAUUACGCGGCGUGGCGGCUAAAGUUCAAGCAAUGUACCGACCACACAACGGACGCGAAAAAAGCCGUGCAGCAGACCGUUCCAUCGUCCACCGGUGUGUCUUUUCCCCCGUUGAGACACAAGCGACUCAUGACGUGCUGA